UGUUAACGUAGUUAGCUAGCUACAUAGUAGCAGCAACAGCUGGUUGCUAGUUGAUUUUCUUGCCAAGCAAAGAGAAAACUGGCCAUUACUAUACCGGUUAUGGUUCGAUAUGACAAACAGCAACAUAUCUGGGUAACAUUAGCUAGCUAGCUAACGUUAAACACAAAACGUUUGGAGGGCUUAGUUUUGGUGUUUCCUGUGCCCUAUGAUCUAAAUCAGAUUUGCUGUCUGGAAAUAGGUAAGCGACUGAUUGCACACAUGCUUUUCUUCGCAUUUCGAAAUAUUUGUAAACUAACUUGACUAUCGUUAGCUAGCCUGCAACCUAAUGCACCAUUUGUAUUGUAUUUCUAAGGUCAUAACUACUAACUAUCUAGUUGGUUAUAUGUGUCGUCCAACUAACGUUAUCAGAUAGCUAGUUAGCUACAGUAGCUGCUAGCAACAUACAUGUUUGCACUGGCAAACAUAAACUAGAUAACGUUACCUAGCCUGGCUAAGUACUUUAACAAUACUCACUUAGUUAAAUAGUUAGCUGGCUAACUAAGUUAGACGGCUGGCUAGUUUGCUAGUUAGCUACCUAGCUUAGAAUCAAAUAAAAAUAUAUCUCACAUGCGCCGAAUACAACGCGUGUAGACUUAACCGUGAAACGCUUGACUACGAGCCCUUCCAAACGAUGCUAGCAGUAAAGUUACAGUUAAAGCAAAGACACUAGUUACAGUAGGCAACUAAGUUAGUUGGCCAGAUCACGAAAUAACUUGUGCUUAGCUAUAACUAGCUAAACUGUUUAUCGCUACAAAAGUAGAACUGUCAAUCAGCUGGCUAAACCCGAAAAGCCUAAUCAAAUGCUUGCAAAAUUGACAUUCCAUGACGUGGUGCUAUGAAGCUAGCUACAUGUCCAACGCUGUCUCACACCCAUUCGUAUUAUAUUAUACAUCAGUGUCAGUACAUUGUAAACAUGGCAAACACGCCAUUCAUGCAGCUUACUUAUCAAUACAAGUAAGGGUUUUUGGACAGCUAGCUAUCAUACAUUUAAGGGUUUUUAGACUGUCCAAAAACCCUUACUUGUAUUGAUAACUAGUUGCAUGAAUUGCGUGUUUGCCAUGGAUGGAUGUGCUGUUUGAUUUUUAUGAGACAACAUGCAAACAAUAGUUUUCUGCUAAAGGGUUUGAAGACUUCUUGUUGGGCUUAAUGGAUACUACUAACUAGUCUCUCAAGCUUUUGCAUUCAUGUCAGCAGUUUGUAAGGCAAAAUACAGAAGCGAGAACAGUGUUUCUUGACCAUACAUUUGAAAAUGCAAAUAUUGUUUUUGAGGAAUGGCAGCACCCACAUUCCAUUGACACUGCAAACAGAUAUGUGUGUCUUCUACCCACAGCAAAAGUCUGGGUUGCAUCGCUAGAGCCUACUCUGGCCUAAGACUACUAGCUAUGUUGUCAUUCCACUCCUGACUGAGUGCUGGCACCAGAUGUGGAAAGGAGUGUUGGGAGUGGGUGUAGGCCUAGUCAAUGGCACACUUCCCAUCACCUGUUAAACCAAUGCUUUGGCGAUGGCUUGGCUGGAGUAAGGUUUGGGCAUAUCCUGAUUUAAUGAGGUGGUUGGUCAACAACAUAUCCUUCCAAGGAGCAUUCUGAGUGUCUGGCAGCUGCUGGCCCCUCUCAUUCUGCCUGUGACAGCCCGGGGUGUAGAGUUUCACCAGGAUAGGACAUAGCGUAUUUAUUUUAUUGUUACCCCACACGCAAUUUUGACUUUCUUCCUAAUCUUUUCCUCUCCUCUACCCACUCACCCUCCUUCUUCCUCUCCCCUUCACUCACCCUAUCUCCUCUGCUCUCCCUCUCCUCUACCCACUCUCCCCUGCUCUCCUCUACCCACUCUCCCAUCCUCUUCAUCCCUCCUCCGCCUCUCCCCUCCACUCUCCCUCUUCUCUCCACUUCUCUGCGUCUACCUCUCCUCUCUCCCUCUCCUCCUUCCUGUGUCUUUGUGUGCAUCGGGCAGGGGGCUAAAGGAGGAUGGCGGUGUGGAUCCAAGCCCAGCAGCUACAGGGGGAUGCACUGCACCAGAUGCAGUCUCUCUACGGACAGCACUUCCCCAUAGAGGUGCGCCACUACCUAGCCCAGUGGAUCGAGGGGCAGCUCUGGUGGGUUUACACCACUUUUCUCAUUACUUUUCUCCCUUUUCCCUGUUUUAUUUAUCCAGGUUAGUCUUAUUGAUCAUAUUAAUGGCUGCAGGCCUCAUGCAUGUUUUAAUAUAAGCUAACGUUUUUUUUUUUAAACACAUUGUGGACAAAUCAUGCACACACUCUGAAAUAGGUGCUUAAACGGCCCACAAACAGGUAUUGUGCUUGAGACUUGAAUUUGCAUUGGCCUUGCUUAUCAAGGGCAUGAUAUGCACUGCUUAUGCAGAGUAUAAUUUUUCACUACUCCCUAAGAUGACAUUGCAUUUGAUGUUGGAUAAGCUUAAACUGAUUGAAGCUUUGACUUAGCCACAAAAGUCAUUGCACUGAGAAAAGUGCUCUGACUGAGAAAAAGGUGAAAUAUGAAUUGCAUGCAUGCGUGUGUGCACAAAAGGGAUAGCGAUGGCAUGUGUUACAUUUAGAAUUUGAUACCGUAUUUUUUUUGCUUAUUCGUCCACUUCUCUGUAGUCUUGAGUGGGUCUUGACAGUUUUAGUUCACUUCCGAACAGUGGAGAAUUUAAGGUCAAACGUUAGGGUGUGUGAAUGUACAAGAAAAGGAGUCUGUCUUGUAUGCACAUUUGGUGGUUGAUGUUAAAAAAAUGAUGGUCUUUUCGGGACCUGGAAACCCAGAGAAAGAAUUUUAGGUUAAAUGUGUGUGUGUGUGUGUUUCUAAGGAAUUUAGGCUAUUUGACAGGGACAGUAGCAUAUUUAUCAUAAUUUAAGUUUCACAUCAAUAUGUGUGUGCUGGAAUAAGCUAUGGAGCUAGUUUGCAUCUGUAGUCCUUGUGUGCAUGUGAGAAUACAGUGUUGUGCGAAAUGCACAGAAGGGUACACAGAAAAAAAGAUAACCUGUGUGUGUUACAUUGAGAGAGAUGGAGAUAGAGGCAUGGAUAGUAUAAACCCAUGUCCCCCAACUUAGUACAUCUGAUGUUGUCUAUUUGACCCUUGACGCGGGCCCCCAGGGACUCUGUGGAGCUAGAGAACCCCCAGGAUGAGCUGAAGGCCAAGCGUCUGCUGGACGGCCUGGUGCAGGAGCUACAGAGGAAGGCCGAGCACCAGGUGGGGGAGGACGGCUUCCUGCUCAAGAUCAAACUGGGACACUACGCCAGCCAGCUCAAGGUGAGAGACCAAAGGGGCCAGGCUUUGCCUGCGAGUGUGUGCACCUGAAGUAGUAGCAGAACUCUGGUGUACUGCAGCUUUAAUUACAUGUCGUCUGGUUCUCUAGCACAGGAGACAAGACUGCAUGCCUAAUCGGCCCCCCUCAAAAAAACUGCGUGCCUAAUCGUCCCCCCCAAAAAACGGAUCUAGAAAUAUUUUAUAGCAUCUCGACGCGAACCUAACAUCUCUGUUUUAGGUUGACACGCCAUUGAGCAGGUUCCAUAGAAAUGCGUGGGCGACCAUGUUGUUCCUUGUCUCUUGUUAUAACACUCUACCUCUAUGGGAGAGACACCUACACUAGUACAUCCAUUAUUCUCUGGUUCGUGUUCAUUAAGUCACCAACACUUUGCAAUGAAAUAGGGAAACAAGAUUCUCUAAAUGGACAGGUCUGGGUUUUCUUCCGUUUGGUGCCUGAUUGACACGGCCCAGCACUGUUACAGCGGGAGGUGGCUAAUCUGGCAUUGGCUCACAAUUAAUUUUUGGCACCUUGAAAUGAAGCAGAAGAUUAGGAAAAUUCCAAAGGGUUUUCUCUGUAGCACUCUUUAUCUUCACAACGUGGUACAAAAUGGUCACUGCAUCAAGGGUCAAGUGGCAGUGUUACAAACUCCUGGCGCCAACACGGAUGAUAGCCCACAAAACCCUUUUCAGUUGAUUGAUCUGAUUGAGUUAGCCUUGUUGUAUGCAAUAUGUUCUCACUCCCCUGGUAGUGCAGGCCUCCGUAUUGGAUCAGCAGCCCAUGCUACUGGGGUGGCGUCGUGACGAGAGCAGCUGUGUCCACUUCGUCACAGUGCAGCUGUUUCUUCCUGUGUGUGUGUGUGGGAGAUUCUCAAUUAGACAAAAGUCUGUCCUCUCUUUGACUCCUCCAUCCUCCUCUCCUCUGGAAACCGAUAAAUGGUUGAGAAGUGUGUCAAUUCGUUAGUAGGCGAACUGUGGAGUUUUCUCCCCUUCUCAAUUACCUCCUUCAGUGAAGGAUACUGAAGUGCAUCCUCUGCGUAUCCUCUGCGGAAGAGUUUUGAAAUCUUGUGUUUUGUUUGUGUGCAUUUUGUUUUUGUGUCUGCAGCUGUUUCUGUGUGUGUGUGUGUGUUUUGUAUGACAAAUGCAUCCUUUCCUUCCUCAGAGCACGUAUGACCGCUGUCCUCUUGAGCUGGUGCGCUGCAUCAAACAUAUCCUCCACACGGAGCAGAGGCUGGUGCAGGAGGCCACCAAUGUGAGUCUUACCCACACACAGAGUGUAUAGAGCUGAAAUGACUCACUAUUCUAGAAGACAGAAAAUCAUAUCAGUUUUAUAAAAUGCUUUGUUCUGUGAUGUCGCACUCUGUCGAACGGGCCCCUGGCGGCCUUAACUAUACUUCAUCCUGCCGGAGCGCUGUCAUCCAAUUGGACAGCUCGCUCACCAGCCUCUCUCCCCAUUGGCAGGCCAUCGGGGGCGGCGGGGGUGGCGGGACCAUGGACAGCCUGUCCCAGAGGCACCAGCAGAUCAACCAGACGUUCGAGGAGCUGCGCGUGGCCACGCAGGAGACGGAGAACGAGCUGCGCAAGCUGCAGCACAACCAGGAGUAUUUCAUCAUUCAGUACCAGGAGAACCUGCGCAUCCAGGGUGAGACGCUGACUGCCAGUAUUACAGCAGCGCUUCUCAAUGCUUUCCUAGAGGGACUAACCCACUUGGGCACACUGUAGCAAAAUGCUUCGCAACCAAAACAAGCAUUUGUUGUUGGACAAGUUCAGGUAGUUCGUCCCCAUUUCACUGUUUUCUUCCAUGUUGUUCCUAAUGAAUGAACACGACCCAGAUUCAACUAAUCGACCGCGCCUCAGGGCCUUGAUUAGCAGAAUCAUGUUGGUGGAUCAGCCCUGUUAGAGCAAAAGCCUGCAUACUCAGUAUAGUAGCUCUGCAGGUGGGUGUAUGUAAUGGGGAAAAUUAGAUGUAUUGACCCAUGCCUCCAUCACCUCCACUUCUCCCUCUCCUUUACUCCCUCCUCCUUCAACCCCCUUCUUCACUCCUCCACUCUUCUUCCUCCAUUCCAACCCCCCCCCCCCCUCAACCCUCCACCUCCCCUUCCUUCCCCCCCUCCUCUUCCUUCUCCCCCUCCUUCACCCUCCCCCUCCUCUCUGUAGCCCAGUUGAGCAGUCUGUCGGCCGUGCCGGCGGAAGAGCGAGCCCAGAGGGAGACCAGCCUGCAGGCCAAGAGAGCCACCGUGGAGGCUUGGCUCACCAGGGAGGCCAACACACUGCAGAAAUACAGACUGGUAUGCUGAACAUACACACACACUCAUACACAUACAUACACACUGCAGAAACAGACAUGCAGUUUAUUAGGCUACAGAUGAAAGAAGUUCUGAUGGGGCCUCCCGAGUGGCGCAGUGGUCAGUGGUCUAAGGUACUGCAUCGCAGUGCUAGAGGCGUCACUACAGACGCGGGUUCUAUCCCGGGCUGUAUCACAACCGGUCGUGAUCGGGAGUCCCAUAGGGCACAAUUGGCCCAGCGUCGUCCGGGUUAGGGGAGAGUUUGGCCGGGGGGGCUUUACUUGGCUCAUUGCGCUCUAGCGACUCCUUGUGGCGGGCCAGGACGCCUGCAAGCUGACCUCGGUCGUCAGUUGAACAAUGUUUCCUCCGACACAUUGGUGCGGCUGGCGUGGUUAAGCGGGCGUGGUUUGGCGGGUCAUGUUUCGGAGGACACAUGACUCGACCUUCGCCUCCCGAGCCCGUUGGGGAGUUGCAGCGAUGGGACAAGAUCAAAAUUGGGGAGAAAAAGGGGGUACAAUACAAAGGAUGAUAAAAUAAUAAUAAUAAUAAUAAUCAGUUCUGAUGAACUUCACAGGGUGGUUAUGAGCUUGAUGCUCCUUUCCAAUAAAUAUCAAGGGUCUUAUUCUGGUGACAUGAUGAUCAUUGUUUGACAAAUUCUUGCUCUUAUCCAUAAUAGUCUCAUGUAGACUAGCCUACACCCACUGUAUUUGCGAGCUGUUGGCUAGAGCACACGUGCCAAGACCAGAGAAGGCACAUUUUCUAUUUAACGCAACAGUUAUUGUUCCAACUAUCAGUAGAGUUGAAAAUGCGAUGGAAACACAUUGAACUUUAGAUUUUUAUUCGGUACAUGAAAAUGUAAGCGAAAAAGUAUGUUUUGUGUGCACUGUCAUCUCGCACUGACUUCUUUAAAUUCGCAACAAAUCAGUUUGGUGGAAACACACCACUGGUGGGAAAAUGAACAUAUUUUCUUUAUGCAGAUUCUAGAAUAUUCACAUGAAAAUCUGUCGCCAAUUGGAUGGAAACCUAGCUUGCAUGUGUAUCUCUCCAUUUGUGUGUUUGCUUGUGAUUUUCUGUGUGUGUAUGUGUGUAGGACCUGGCGGAGAAGCACCAGAAGACUCUGGGCCAGCUGAGGAAGCAGCAGACGCUGAUCCUGGACGAGGAGCUGAUCCAGUGGAAGAGACGACAGCAGCUGGCUGGCAACGGGGGGCCCACUGAGGGGGGACUGGAUGUCUUGCAGUCCUGGUCAGUCCCACCACACACAAACCCACUCCUAGCUGUCCAUUGUAGUCGAUGAUGGCGAUGCUCCUCUUGGGUUGCGGGGUGGGUUAGCGCUCCUGGUGCUGGUGUGCCACUUUGUCUCUCUCUCUCACUCUCUCUCGCUCGCUCUCUCCACUCUCCUUUACAAAUGAAAACAUAAACAGCUCUCCCCAUCCCUCACUCUGAUCCUGUUUUGGUGUGUGUGUGUGCAUCUCUGCUUGUGUGUGUGUGUUCUUGGGUGCUUGUUCUUGUUUCGCUCUCCAGGUGUGAGAAGCUGGCGGACCUGAUCUGGCAGAACCGGCAGCAGAUCCGGCGGGCUGAACACCUGACCCAGCAGCUGCCUCUGCCUGGCCCAAUGGAGGAGCUGCUCACCAAGCUCAACUCUGACAUCACCGACAUCAUCUCCGCCCUCGUCACCAGGUAGGGCUGUGUGUGUGGGGGAGGUAGUGGGAGAUGGGGGUGUGUGUGUGUUUGUUUGUCAGGUUAUCCACAAUAAUGCAAAGAGUACAGGUUUGUUAAUGUGCUGAUCAUGAUGUGCUUCUGUACAAGUUUGCAGAACUGCAUGCUCGGGCCAGUAUAGCCCGAUAGUUCUGUGUGCUUGUAAUUGUUAUAAUUUGCCUCCAAUUCCAGUCUAAUGGCAUCUUUGCACUGCUUUUGGAAAUGGCGUUACAUUGAGUUUAGCCCAUGAUGUGGAAAUGUAAUUGCCUUGCCAGUCAGAACAUAGAGUAUCUCAAUCUGUUAGGGGUGUAACGGUUCACCAAAACCACGGUUCGGUACGCAUUGCGGUUUUGGGGUCACGUUUCGGUACAACGGGAAAAUUAAAUGCCAACAGUUACUGUAGUUAAUUUUUGUUUAUUUAAGAAAAUACAAAGUGUUGGUCCUGAUUCUAUAUACACUGAACAAAAAUAUAAACGCAACAUGCAACAAUUUCAAAGAUUUUACUUAGUUACAGUUCAUAUAAAGAAAUGAGUCGAUUUAAAUAAAUUCAUUAGACCCUAAUCUAUGGAUUUCACAUGACUGGGAAUACAGAUAUACAUCUGUUGGUCACAUAUACCUUAUUUUUUUUAAAGGUAGGGACGUGGAUCAGAAAACCAGUCAGUUUCUGGUGUAACCACCAUUUGCCUCGCACAUCUCCUUCGCAUAGAGUUGAUCAAACUGUUGAUUGUGGACUGUGGAAUGUUGUCCCACUCCUCUUCAAUGGCUGUGCGAAGUUGCUGGAUAUUGGCAGAAACUGGAACACGCUGUCGUACAGAGCAUCCCAAACAUGCUCAAUGGGUGACAUGUCUGGUGAGUAUGUUGGCCAUGGAAGAACUGUGACAUUUUCAGCUUCCAGGAAUUGUGUACAGGUCCUUUCGACAUGGGGCCGUGCAUUAUGCUGAAACAUGAGGUGAUUGCGGCGGAUGAAUGGUACGACAAUGGGCCUCAGGAUCUCGUCAUUCAAAUUGCCAUCGAUAAUAUGCAAUUGUGUUCGUUGUCCGUAGCUUAUGAAUGCCCAUACCAUAACCCCAUCGCCACCAUGGGGCACUCUGUUCACAACGUUGAUAUCAGCAAACCGCUCGCCCACAUGACGCCAUACAUGCUAUGCUGUCUGCCAUCUGCCCGGUACAGUUGAAACGGGGAUUAAUCUAUGAAGAGCACACUUCUCCAGCGUGCCAGUGGCUAUUGAAGGUGAGCAUUUGCCCACUGAAGUCGGUUACGAUGCCGAACUGCAGUCAGGUCAAGACCCUGGUGAGGACGGCGAGCACGCAGAUGAGAAGGUUUCUGACAGUUUGUGGAGAAAUUCUUCAGUUGUACAAACCCACAGUUUCAUCAGCUGUUCGGGUGGCUGGUCUCAGACAAUCCCGCAGGUGAAGAAGCCGGAUGUUGAGGUCCUGGGCUGGUGUGGUUACACGUGGUUGUGAGGCCGGUUGGACGUACAGCCAAAUGUUCUAAAACGACGACGAAGGCUGCUUAUGGUAGAGAAAUUAACAUUACAUUCUCUGGCAACAGCUCUGGCGGACAUUCCUGCAGGCAGCAUGCCAAUUGCGGCAUUAUGUGUGACAAAACUGCACAUUUUAGAGUGGCCUUUUUUUGUCCCCAGCACAAGGUGCACCUGUGUAAUUAUCAUGCUGUUUAACUAGCUUCUUGAUAAGCCACACCUGUCAGGUGGAUGGAUUAUCUUGGCAAAUGAGAAAUGCUCACUAACAGGGGGAUGUAAACACAUUUCUGGAAUCUUCUAUUUCAGCUCAUGAAACAUGGGACCUACACUUUACAUGUUGAGUUUAUAUUUUUGUUCAGUAUGUGAUCAUGAGUCAUAUAAUGCAUGAUAAGAGCACAAUCAGGAAUACGAACACUUUGUAUUUUCUUAAAUGAACAACACAAAAAUAAAGUGCAAUAUGGGUGUGAAAUCAAAAUGUAAACAUGGCUGACAUUGCAUAGGCCUAUGCUAUAAUGUUCUCUUACAAAGAGAAAAAUAUGUGCACUUGUGUGACUCAUAAAGGGGGUGUGUCUGUAGCACGUACUUCUCAUUUCACACUCUGGGGUAAUGUGAUGGGCUGUCACUGUUAAGUAGCCCUGGAGGUCCAUCCAUCUGCAAUAAGCAUAACACGGUGCAUUGGCCAAUUCAUUGACAACUUCGGCUUUAGCUUGCUUAUAUAGAGCGGGUACUGCAUGUUUGCUGAAAUCAGUGCGAAAGGGCGAAGUUCGUAACGUGGCUCGAGCGCUUUCACGAGGUGCUGAAACCCCCUAUUCUUCUAAACCACAGAGAAUGGGCGCAUAUCCGCAGCUAUAAACAUACCUAUCGCUCUUUUAAUUUCUUUGGUCCGAUCAGAAUCGGCUGCGAAGGGCUGCUUGAAUGCAGAAGGGAAAUUAAGUAAUCCUUUUUUUUGCCUUUCCAUCUUGCUAUGGCGGUAGGAGUACUGGGGUGUAGGCUCUAGUUGUUUUAACAGAAUAGCCAGAAUAUUUUGAUUUGUUUUAACACUUUUUUUGGUUACUACAUGAUUCCAUAUGUGUUAUUUCAUAGUUUUGAUGUCUUCACUAUUAUUCUACAAUGUAGAAAAUAGUAAAAAUAAAGAAAAACCCUUGAAUGAGUAGGUGUCCAAACUUUUGACUGGUACUGUAUACAGUCGUGGUCAAAAGAUUUGAGAAUGACACAAAUACUAAUUUUCACAAAGUCUGCUGCCUCAGUUUUGAUGAUGGCUAUUUGCAUAUACUCCAUAAUAUCAUGAAGAGUGAUCAGAUGAUUUGCAAUUAUUUGCAAAGUCCCUCUUUGCCAUGAAAAUGAACUUAUUCCCCAAAAAACAUUUCCACUGCAUUUCAGCCCUGCCACAAAAGGACCAGCUGCCAUCACGUCAGUGAUUCUCUCGUUAACACAGGUGAGAGUGUUGAUGAGGACAAGGUUGGAGAUCACUCUGUCAUGCUGAUUGAGUUAGAAUAGCAGACUGGAAGCUUUUAAAGGAGGGUGGUCCUUGAAAUCAUUGUUCUUCCUCUGUUAACCAUGGUUACCUGCAAGGAAACACGUUCUGUCAUCAUUGCUUUGCAUAAAAAGGGCUUCACAGGCAAGGAUAUUGCUGCUAGUAAGAUUGCACCUAAAUCAACCAUUUAUCGGAUCAUCAAGAACUUCAAGGAGAGAGGGCGCCCAAGAAAGUCCAGCAAGCGCCAGGACCGUCUCCUAAAGUUGAUUGAGCUGCGGGAUCGGGGCACCACCAGUGCAGAGCUUGCUCAGGAAUGGCAGCAGGCAGGUGUGAGUGCAUCUGCACGCACAGUGAGGCGAAGACUUUUGGAGGAUGGCCUGGUGUCAAGAAGGGCAGCAAAAAAAACACUUCUCUCCAGGAAAAACAUCAGGGACAGAUGCAUCUGCAAAAGGUACAGGGAUUGGACUGUGGAGGACUGGGGUUAAGUCAUUUUCUCUGAUGAAUCCCCUUUCCGAUUGUUUGGGGCAUCCGGAAAACACCUUGUCCGGAGAAGACAAGGUGAGCGCUACCAUCAGUCCUGUGUCAUGCCAACAGUAAAGCAUCCUGAGACCAUUCAUGUGUGGGGUUGCUUCUCAGCCAAGGGAGUGGGCUCACUCACAAUUUUGCCUAAGAACAACUUCUCCUAACCAUCCAAGAACAGUUAGACGACCAAUGCCUUUUCAGCAUGAUGGAGCACCUUGUCAUAAGACAAAAGUGAUAACUAAGUGGCUCCGGGAACAGAACAUCGAACUUUUGGGGCCAUGGCCAGGAAACUCCCCAGACCUUAAUCCCAUUGAGAACUUGUGGUCGAUCCUCAAGAGGCGGGUGGACAAACAAAAACCCACAAAUUCUGACAAACUCCAAGCAUUGAUUAUGCAAGAAUGGGCUGCCAUCAGUCAGGAUGUGGCCCAGAAGUUAAUUGACAGCAUGCCAGGGCGGAUUGCAGAGAUCUUGAAAAAGAAGGGUCAACACUGCAAAUAUUGACUCUUUGCAUAAACUUAAUGUAAUUGUCAAUAAAAGCCUUUGACACUUAUGGAAUGCUUGUAAUUAUACUUCAGUAUACCAUAGUAACAUCUGACAACAAUAUCUCAUAACACUGACGCAGCGAACUUUGUGAAGACCAAUACUUGUGUCAUUCUCAAAACUUUUGACCACGACUGUACAUACAUACAAAGCCUUCGGAAAGUAUUCAGACCCCUUGACUUUUUCCAAAUUUUGUUACGUUACAGCCUUAUUCUAAAAUGGAUUAAAUCGUUUUUUUCCCUCAUCAAUUUACACAAUACCCCAUAAUGACAAAGCAAAAAUAGGUUUUAGAAAUGUUUGCAAAUGUAUUACAAAUAAACUGAAAUAUCAAAUGUACAUACGUAUUCAGACCCUUUUACUCAGUACUUUGUUGAAGCACCUUUGGCUGCGAUUACAGCCUCAAGUCUUUUUGGGUAUGACGCUAUAAGCUUGGCGCACAUGUAUUUGGGGAGUUUCUCCCAUUCUUCUCUGCAGAUCCUCUCAAGCUCUGUCAGGUUGCUGCACAGCUAUUUUCUGGUCUCUCCAGAGAUGUUCGAUCGGGUUCAAGUCCGGGCUCUGGCUGGGCCACUCAAGGACAUUCAGUGACUUGUCCCAAAGCCUGCAUUGUCUUGGCUGUGUUCUUAGGGUCGUUGUCCUGUUGGAAGGUGAACCUUUUGCCCCAGUCUGUGGUCCUGAGCGCUCUGGAGCAGGUUUUCAUCAAGGAUCUUACUGUACUUUGCUCCAUUCAUCUUUCCCUCGAUCCUGACUAGUCUCCCAGUCCCUGCUGCUGAAAAACGCCGCCACAAAUGCUUCACUGUAGGGAUGGUGCCAGGUUUCCUCCAGACGUGAUGCUUGGCAAUUAGGCCAAAGAGUUCAAUCUGGAUUUCAUAAGACCAGAGCAUCUUGUUUCUCAUGGUCUGAGAGUCUUUAGGUGCCUUUUGGCAAACUCUGUGUGUGCUGUCAUGUGACUUUUACUGAGUAGUGGCUUCCGUCUGGCAACUCUACCAUAAAGGCCUGAUUUGGUGGAGUGCUGCAGAGAUGGUUGUCCUUCUGGAAGUUUCUCCCAUCUCAACGGAGGAACUCUGGAGCUCUGUCAGAGUGACCAUCAGGUUCUUGGUCAUCUCCCUGACCAAGGCCCUUCUCGCCCGAUUGCUCAGUUUGACUUUGCGGCCAGCUCUAGGAAGAGCCUUGGUGGUUCCAAACUUCUUCCAUUUAAGAAUGAUGGAGGACACUGUGUUUUGGGGGACCUUCAAUGCUGCAUAAUUUUUUUGGUACCCUUCCCCAGAUCUGUGCCUCGACACAAUCCGGUCUCGGAGCGCUACGGACAAUUCCUUCGACCUCUUGGCUUGGUUUUUGCUCUUACAUGCACUGUCAACUGUUGGACCUUUGUGUAUACAGGUGUGCUUUUCCAAAUCAUGUCCAGUCAAUUAAAUUUACCACAGGUGGACUCCAAUCAAGUUGUAGAAACAUCUCAAGGAUGAUCAAUGGAAACAGGAUGUACCUGAGCUCAAUUUCGAGUCUCAUAGCAAAGGGUACGAAUACUUAUGUAAAUAAGGUAUUUCAGUUAAUUUUUAAUAUAUUUGCUAAAAUUUCUAAAAAGUUGUUUUCCGCUUUGUCAUGAUGGGGUAUUGUGUGUAGAUUGAGGAUUUUUAUUUCUGUAAUCAAUUUUAGAAUAAGGCAGUAACAUAACAAUGUGGAAAACGUCAAGGGGUCUGAAUACUUUCCGAAGGCACUGUAUGUGUGUAUAUAUUAUUUAUGUAUUCAUUCAGGUUCACAGUGCGGAACAAACUGAGGUCCCCAUACCAAUUGCUUUGAUACGAAUACGUGUACCGUUACACCGCUACAAUCUGUAGAUAAUGUCCUUUUCUCUUCUAUGUAUGCAGCCUCUAAUCAUUUAAAUACAGUAUUUACCCACUUUCUCUCUCUUUUUUUCUACCCAACCAUCUUUCCUUCUUUCCUCCCUUGCUACAUCCAUCCCUCCACCCAUUAACCUCUCCCCCGCCCUCCCUCCCUCGUCCCCUCCUCCCUCAAUCCCUCCCUCCCCUAUCAGUACGUUUAUAAUCGAGAAGCAGCCGCCCCAGGUGCUGAAGACCCAGACUAAGUUUGCGGCUACUGUGCGCCUACUGGUGGGCGGGAAGCUCAACGUGCACAUGAACCCCCCGCAGGUCAAGGCAGUCAUCGUCAGCGAGCAGCAGGCCAAGGCCCUGCUCAAGAAUGAGAGCACCCGCAAGUGAGACACCACACACACCCUCUGACACACACACAGGGCCGUAGUCAGGGUGUGAGUUUUGGUGAGGUCCGGAUAGGGGGUAUUUUGAUAUAGGGGUGGGUAGAAAUGUUUGCAGUUUUAAAGCUUAUUUCCUGCAAUUUUACACAUUUUGCCAUGACUUAUGCCAUGUUAAUAUAUCUGAGUGAGAGUGACUAACAAAAUCAUGCCCGGUCUGUAAUUCAUCCAUGAUUACUACAAGUGUAGAUAGCUGGCUAGCAAGACGACCUAGACUAAUUUACCAAUCAAUUUUAUUUAUUUUUACUGACAUGGGCUAAUUGGGUGACUGUCAGUGAUUUGUUUAUACUGGAGCUGCAAUGGAUAGCUGCUGUUUUACGGUUUCCUGACCAAUUCUGUUAUUGAUGUUUUUGCACUGAUCGUAACUUUUUUUGUACAUAAUGUUUCCGCCAUCGUUUACUAUCACCGGAAAGAGCUUCUGGACAUCAGAACAGCGACCACUAACCUCAAUUUGGAUCACAGGAGGUUGGAUUAUAAUCGCACACAUAAUCGCACACGUUAAAAUCCACUUAAAUCAGUGUAGACCGGUUAAAGAAUGAUUUUUAAGCUUUGAGACAUGGAUUGUGUAUGUGCCAUUCAGAGGGUGAAUAGGCAAGACAAAAUAUUUAAGUGCCUUUGAACUGGGUAUAGUAGUAGGUGCCAGGCACACUGGUUUGAGUGUGUUAAGAACUGCAACGCUGCUGGGUUUUUCACACUCAACAGUUUCCCGUGUGUAUCAAGAAUGGUCCACCACCCAAAGGACGUCCAUCCAACUUGACACAACUGUGAGAAGCAUUGGAGUCAACAUGGGCCAGCAUUCCUUUGGAACACUUUUGACACCUUGUUGAGGACAUGCCCCGACGAAUUGAGGCUGUUCUGAGGGCAAAGGGGGUGCAAAUCAAUAUUAGGAAUGUGUUCCUAAUGUUUUGUACACUCAGUGUAUUUUACUGUAAUAGAGGAGAACUUAACCUUUGUAAUGAUACCCUUUUUACGUCUCAACUCCCAAAAUUUAGAUCAGAGCAGACCCUACUAAGACGGGUUUAUCAAUUAACCUGAUUGUGGACAAUUUAUGCUCAGUUUCUGUCGCAUGCAGUAUUGCGGUACCGCUAGCAGAAUUUUUGCCACAGACUUAUGUGCUAGCUGUUCAAACAGUUGGAGACGGACAGGAGGGUGUAUUCAUAACAGUUCAACUAUUCUACAUUGUUAGCAAGCAAAUAGAUCCAAGUUGGCUACACAUUAAAUAUAAAGAUUAGCUGGCUACUCACUUCACUGGGCUUGUGCUUGAGAGAUUAUUUGAGACCUGUGAUAACUUUCUAUAAUGCUACCAGAAGUUGGACAUUAUUAGUGGAUGUGCAUUGUGCAUGGAUGGUUCUGGUACAUUUUUUUGCAAAAAGGGCAUUUUCAUAGACAGACUUAGAAGCCAGAUCAGUGAUUAUUGCAAAAAAAUUAGGUUAAACUAUUUUGAUUAAAUUAUUAACUUAUUAGUGGGUCUUAUGGUUAAAGGAUUAUAUUUACUCUAGGUAUAAUUUUACAAGUCCUGAAUUAAUGAAUUAUUCCUGAAUGUUUGAAAUGCAGUGUAUUGACCAUUUUUAAUUGUCCAACAAAUACAGCUGGUGCACCAUCUCUAAUAUUAAGGAAGUCUCGAGUUAGAAAAACCUCAUGAUAAGCUGUAGACCAUAGAGACCAAGAGUUUUCAUCUAUAUCUUACGUAGCUGUCUAUGUACCACCACAAACCGAUGCUGGCACUAAGACCACACUCAACAAGCUGUAUAGGGCCUGAAGCAAACAGGAAAAUGCUCAUCCAGAUGCGCCACACCUAGUGGCAGGUGAUUUUAAUGAAGGGAAACUGAAAUCCGUCAAACCUAAUUUCUUCCAGCAUGUCACCUGUGCAACUAGAGGAUACAAAAGUAAAUAUCACCUUUACUCAUUAUGUGGAGCUGCUGGACUAAUGGCAAGUCAGUCUGUUUGGCUUGUCUAGGUAGUUAGCUAGCUGGCUAUGCGAUCAUUUUAAUGAUUCAUCAAUACAGCACUUUUGUUCCCCACCUGCCCUGGUUGGAUGAACAAUGUGGACUGCGGUGUGAGAGGUUGAGAGAUGCCCUCUACUGUAGUUUCCUGACUACUGCCGAAGUGUGGGGGUCUUUCUGGCGCUUAUAGCUACCGAAGCAUCACCAAGAUGUCCACUACUGAAGGGUAGCACCCUAUCCAGCCUACCUACAGAAGAGGAGGAGGAGUCAACAAACAAGGUGCCAGAUGAAGAGCUACGACCCUGUCUAAUAACUAAUUGAUGCUGCUCCCUUUCUGUGCCAUUGAUGCUCCUUCUGCUUAAGCUACUGCCCAGCCUUUCUGAAUUGCCUUGCUGAACAACACGUUAUCAUCUGAAGCUGUGGAAGACCAUGGCACAAGACCUGCCAGAUCUCUACAUUUGUUUUGUUUGUUUUUACAGCGUCUUUGAGUUUCUCUUUGUAAUGAAAAGCGCUAUGUAAAAUGUAUUAUUAUUACCCCACACACACAAUCGCAUACAAAGUUCUCCCUCGCCUUCCAUUUGGGAAAUCUGACCAUAACUCUAUCCUCCUGAUUCCUGCUUACAAGCAAAAACUCAAACAGGAAGUACCAGUGACACACUCAAUACGGAAGUGGUCCGAUGAGGCAGAUGCUAAGCUACAGGACUGUUUCGCUAGCACGGACUGGAAUAUGUUCUGGGAUUCAUCCGAUGGAAUUGAGGAGUUUACCACAUCAGGCACCGGCAUCAUUAAGUAAGUGCAUUGAUGACGUUGUCACCACAGUGACCUUACGCACAUAUCCCAACCAGAAGCCAGGGAUUACAGGCAACAGACCCACUGAGCUAAAGGCUAGAGUUACUGCUUUCAAGGAGCGGGACACUAAUCCGGACGCUUGUAUGAAAUCCUGAUUCGACCUCUGAGCCAUCAAACAGGCAAAGCAUCACAACAGGACUAAGAUCAAAUCCUACUACGCUGGCUCUGACGCUCGUCAGAUAUAGCAGGGCUUGCAAACUACGAAGGGAAACGCAGCCCGAGCUGUCCAGUGACGCGAGCCUACCAGACGAGCUAAAUGCCUCGUUUCGAGGCAAGCAACACCCAACCAUGCAUGAGAGCACCAGCUGUUCCAGAUGACUGUGUGAUCACUGUCUCCGUAGCUGAUGUGAGUAAGACCUUUAAAUAGGUUAACAUUUACAAGGUCGCAGGGCUAGGCGGAUUACCAGGACGCGUACUCUGAACAUGCGCUGGCCAGCUGGCAAGUGUCUUCACUGACAUUUUCAACCUUUCCCUGACCCAGUCUGUAAUACCUACAUGUUUCAAGCAGACCACCAUAGUCCCUAUGCCCAAGAACGCCAAGGUAACCUGUCUACAUGACUAUUGCCCCGUAGCACAUGUAGCCAUGAAAUGCUUUGAAAGGCUGGUUCAUGGCUCACAUCAAUGCCAUUAUCCCAGACACCCUGGACCCACUCCAAUUCGCAUACCGCCCCAACAGAUCCACAGAUGACGCAAUCUCUCUUGCACUUCACACUGCCCUCUCCCACCUUGACAAGAGGAACACCAAUGUGAGAAUACUGUUAAUUGACUACAACUUAGUGUUCAACACCUUACUGCCCUCCAAGCUCAUCACUAAGCUAAGGACCCUGGGACUGAACACCUCCCUCUGCAACUGGAUCCUUGACUUCCUGACAGGCUGCCCCCAGGUGGUGAGGGUAGGCAACAACACAUCCGCCACGCUGACCCUCAACACGGAGGCGCCUCAGGGGUGCAUGCUUAAUCCCCUCCUGCACCAGGGGUGCCAGGAUAACUACCUCUCCCUUAUCAGCAAGUCAAAGGAGCUGAUCGUGGACUACAGGAAACGGAGGGCCGAGCUCACCCCCAUUCACAUCGAUGGGGCUGUAGUGGCGCGGGUCGAGAGCUUCAUGUUCCUCGGUGUCCACAUCACUAAGGAUCUAUCAUUGUCCACACACACCAACACAGUCGUGAAGAGGGCACGACAACGCCUCUUACCCCUUAGGAGGCUGAAAAGAUUUGGCAUGGGCCCUCAGAUCCUCAAAGUUCUACAGCUGCACCAUUGAGAGCAUCUUGACUGGCUUAAUCACCGCUUGGUAUGGCAACUACUUGGCAUCUGACCGCAAGGCGCUACAGAGGGUAUAUCAGGCGAAAGGCCCUAAAAAUGGUCAGACUCCAGCCACCCAAGUCAUAGACUGUUCUCUCUGCUACCGCACGGCAAGUCUGGAACCAACAGGACCCUGAACAGUUUCUAUCCCCAAGCCCUAAAACUACUAAAUAGUUAGUCCGGGUAGCUAUUUACUUAACUAUUUAACUAUCUGCAUUGACCAUUUUGGCUCUUACUUUUUUGACUCCUCACAUAUGCUGCUACUUCUGUUUAUUUUCUAUCCUGUUGCCUAGUCACUGUAUUCAUUUUACAUUUACAUUUUAGUCAUUUAGCAGACGCUCUUAUCCAGAGCGACUUACAGGAGCAAUUAGGGUUAAGUGCCUUGCUCAAGGGCACAUCGACAGAUUUUUCACCUAGUCGGCUCGGGGAUUAGAACCAGCGACCUUUCGGUUACUGGCACAACGCUCUUAACCACUAAGCUACCUGCCGCCCCAUAUUCCUAGUUAUAUCUACCUCAAUUACCUCGUACCCCUGCACAUCGACUUGGUACUCGUACCCCGUGUGUAUAUAGCCUAGUUAUACUUUUUCUGCAUUGUCAGGAAGCAUUUCACUGUUACAUGCUGACCACACUGCUCGCUCGCAUCUUGAUUUUUGUCCACCCACAACAGACGCGAUCAGGACACGCAGGUUGAAAUAUCAAGAAGAACUCUGAACCAACUAUAUUAAUUUGGGGACGGGUCGAAAAGCAUUAAACAUUUAUGGCAAUUUAGCUAGCUAGCUUGCUGUUGCUAGCUAAUUUGUCCUAGGAUAUAAACAUUGGGGUGUUAUUUUACCUGAAAUGCAUAAGGUCCUCUACUCCAACAAUUAAUACACAGAUAAAAGGGUAAACCGAGUUUGUUUCUAGUAAUCUCUCCUUCAGGCGGCUUCUUCUUCUUCUUUGGACUUUAUAUGGCGGUUGGCAACCAACUUUAAGGUGCAUUACCACCACCAACUGGACUGGAGUGUGGACCUCAGUUCAUCUUUCAAUCACCCACGUGGGAAUAUGCUCCUAAAAACCAAUGAGGAGAUGGGAGAGGCGGGACUUGCAGUGCGUCAAGCGUCACAAAAAACAAAUUCUAUUUUAGCACCGGGCAAUGCAGACGCGCAAGCAGUGUGGGUGCAAUGAUUGAAUAACAUGUAUGUGUACAUUUAUUUUGCAGCGCAUGCGGGCGGUGUGGACAGCAUGUUAGUCUACACCUGUUGUUUACGAAUGUGACACAUAAGAUUUGAUAUAUAACGAGGAAAACUGCUGAAGCACAACCAAGUUUCGAAAUUACACCUUGUGUAUUCUAGUAUUCAAACUCUCAACAGUAAGUUCAAACCCAGACUGAGUUCAACAACAAAAAAUGUUUUUUUUAGGAACAAAUUAGAUGUCCGUUCCACGGUGCCCUCAUAGUUGGUUACGGCCCUACACACACGCAUACACACACACACACACACACACACAGAAAAUAAUGUGAAACUUCUACUCAAUACAAUUCUAGGGCCACUACUAUCACCCACAACCAAAAGUUGACCAAAAAUAUACACAUUUGUACUUACACAAAUGCACGCGUGUACACAAACACACACACAAAAUUUGAAACGUCUACUGUCGCCCGCAACCAAACAAGUUUCAAGGAUUAUUUAUCUGUCUGUGUUGCAGUGACAGCAGUGGAGAAAUUCUCAACAACAACUGUGUGAUGGAAUACCACCGGACCACAGGAACCCUCAGUGCCCACUUCAGGAACAUGGUGAGUAGAAAAAAAGAUGUGUUGGUGCUUAUUUGUCCUAUGUCAUACAUGUACAGAUGUAUUAACCCUUUACACUUGUAGGAAUUGGCCUAUAUGCAUAGGGCUCAAUUGAAAUCUUUCUUACAGAAGAAAUAUGAAUAGCAUAUGCAUAAGCUUGGUAGCAAUUGAAAGGGAACAGUUUGGUCUAAUAAUUCUCCCAUAAUCUCCAAAGUUGAGGACACAACAGUUCACCUGACACAAGACUGAAUCCAAACAUUACACAGUUGAUUUUAUGUUCAUUUUACAUUUACUGUACUUUUUGCCGCAUUUGUUGAUAACGAAAUCUGAAAAUACUCUGGAUACAUUCAGUAACAUGAUAAGAAUAUUCCUGGAAAAUGUGGGGUAGGUGCAACAUAUGACAAGGGUUUGAGUGAGAGGACUAACUGGUUUCUCCAAGUGGCCACACCCCUCUCCAAAUUGUGCACAGUUAAGUAAUUUCAAUGCACUUUUAUGACUCAAAGAAGAGCUCCACUAUGUGCCGUUGAGGAACAAGAGCAAGCACACUUGUAGUUGUUUUGUUUGGAACACAGCCCUGCAUCUCUGUCAUCACACAAUUACUGUUGUUUACACUAUCCAAAAACGGGCCGUUAUAAAUCGCGAUCUGGGUCAGGUGGGCAGCAUUUGAAGGCUUGUUUUAUUGCCAACAUGACUAGCUAAGUUAUAAAAUACGAUCUUAGUGUUAGGCUUUCACAGGGCAAAUCAGAGAAACUGAGCGUAAUUUUGGUGCGGAUAGAAAGGAAUCGAGUGCAUUCUGGUGCGUGUUCCGCAGCUAAUCUUCUUUACAAUAGACAAACAGGUUAAUUCUGUUCAGAACAACACAGGGUAUGAUGCCAUGUCAUCUUGUAACUGUACAUCAAACAUGGUGAUCAUAAACGUUGAAACCGUUUAUGUUUUAUGAUAUUGAAAAGGGAAGUACAUAUUUGGACUCACAGGUGUUUGGCUUGCUUGUAUGACGUCAAAGUGGGAUUUAUUAUAAUCCUCAAUGUCUCAUCUUUCAAAAUACAUUGUCCUCUUAAUUUACAGCAUUUCCAUCUCUCAGACAACAAAUGUGCAAAAGUUGUCCUAUUAGCGGGAGGGAUGGGGGCAAGUUCUUGUCGCAAGCGGUGCUCAUGUUCAGAACGGCUGUCAGUCAAAACCCAUACAGUGCUGUGAAGCGCAGAGCCUAAGCUCUGACUUCAUUUAUAGCAUUUUACUGUACAGCCAGUGCAUUCCAAUUUAGGGGCUUAUCAGUGCCCAAAUCUGCCAAUUUCAACACAUACAGCUCUGGAAAGAAUUAAGAGACCACUGCAUAUUUUCCUUUAAUCAGCAUCUCUACAUGUAUGACAGCCAUUCCAUUCCAGUGUCUGUUGAAUUCCAACACAGGCACACCUCAUUCUACUGAAUUAGGUACUGAUUAGGUGAUCACAUGAACCAAAUCUUAUUUAACGAGGAAAAGUAUAAAAACCACUGCUGUGGUCAUCACUAUCCUCUUGCAAUAGGACCAGCUGGAAGGCAAAAACAGUGCUAAUAGUACCUCAAAAGUAAUAUUAAUCAAAAAAGAACUAUUGACCAUACCAAAAGAGUUGAAAAGGAAAGUUUUGAGUGAGGAAAAGAAGGGUUCAAUUCUGGCUUUACUGGCAGAGGGAUACAGUGAGCGUCAGGUUCAUAAGAACAAGGUCAAGCAGCAGACAUUGGGGACAACAAAGCUACAGACCGGCAGAGGGCGAAAACGACUCUCUACUGACCGGGAUGACCGCCAACUCAUUCGAAUGUCACUCAACAACCGUAGGAUGACAUCAAGUGACCUACAAAAAUAAUGGCAAACGGCAGCUGGGGUGAAGUGCACGGCGAGGACGGUUCGAAACAGGCUCCUAGGGGCAGGGCUGGAGUCGUGCAAAGCUAGAAAAAAGCCCUUCAUCAAUGAGAAGCAAAGAAGAGCCAGGCUGAGGUUUGCAAAAGACCAUAAGGAUUGGACCGUAGAGGACUGGAGUAAGGUCUUCUCUGAUUAGUCCAAUUUUCAGCUUUGCCCAACACCUGAUCGUCUAAUGGUUAGACGGAGACCUGGAGAGGCCUACAAGCCACAGUGUCUCGCACCCACUGUGAAAUUUGGUGGAGGAUUGGUGAUCUGGGGGUGCUUCAGCAAGGCUGGAAUCGGCAGAUUUGUCUUUGUGAAUGACGCAUGAAUCAAGCCACGUACAAGGUUGUCCUGACAUUGUUCCCCAACUCUGAGGAUUGGUUUUUCCAGCAGGACAAUGCGCCAUGCUACACAGCCAGGUCAAUCAAGGUGUGGAUGGAGGACCACCAGAUCAAGACCCUGUCAUGGCCAGCCCAAUCUCCAGACCUGAACCCCAUUGAAAACUUCUGAAAUGUGAUCAAGAGGAAGAUGGAUGGUCACAAGCCAUCAAACAAAGCUGAGCUGCUUGAAUUUUUGCGCCAUGAGUGGCAUAAAGUCACCUGACAUCAAUGUGAAAGACUGAUGGAGAGCAUGCCAAGACUCAUGAAAGCUGUGAUUGAAAAUCAGGGUUAUUCCACCAAAUAUUGAUAUCUGAACUCUUCCUAAGUUAAAACAUUACUAUUGUGUUGUUUUAAAAUGAACAUUAAGUUAUUUUCUUUGCAUUAUUCGAGGUCUGACAACACUUUUUUUGUUAUUUUGACCAGUUGUCAUUUUCUGCAAAUAAAUGCUCUAAAUGACAAUAUUUUUAUUUGGGAGAAAUGUUGUUAGUAGUUUAUAGAAUAAAACAAAAAUGUUAUUUUUACCCAAACACAUACCUAUAAAUAGUAAAACCAGAGAAACUGAUAAUUUUGCAGUGGUCUCUUAAUUUUUUCCGCAGCUAUAUAUGGGUACGAGUGUAAAGGGUUGAUAUGCAUGUGUGAAUAGGAAAUGUGUUUUUUGCAUAUCCCAACUCCCCCUGAGACACCCUCGGAGAGUGGGGUCACGGCCAGGGUCUGCCAUUAUCAACGGCGACCCUGGAGCAAUUAGGUUUAAGUGCAUUGACAGAUUUUUCACCUUGUCAGCUCGGGGAUUCGUUACUGGCCCAACACUCUAACCGCUAGGUUAGAAUGAUUUAUACUAAUAAAUACAAUUACAUUACUGAUGUAUUGUAAUUGGAUUUAAGGGGCAUUUUACUCCAAAACCAUUGGUGAUUUUGCCAAAUUGUGAUAUGUACAUGUGGUCAAAAUGUUGUAGCAUUUGUGUGGUUGUGGUCGAUAAGCAGAGGUUGUUGUGGUCUCUCCUGUAGUCCCUGAAGCGGAUCAAACGGUCGGACCGUCGCGGGGCUGAGUCAGUCACAGAGGAGAAGUUCACAGUCAUGUUUGAGUCCCAGUUCAGCGUGGGGGGCAACGAGCUGGUGUUCCAUGUCAAGGUAACAGGAAAAUCCACUUCUAGAAACACCAUGGCCCAGUUUGUCAAAACAUUUCAUCCAGAUCAAAAUGAUCCUGUGUUGUGUUCAAUUCUGUGUAGUCUGUGGUCCCUUCUAAUGUUUUGGAUGCAGUUUUAAGACAAAAAUGGAAGCAAAUCUCUAACAUACCUCAUCAUAAUGCUAUUACAAAGAUCAUGUUAUAUGAUACCAUGACAUUUGGUAGAAAUAUUGUCUUUGUGUCCUUAAAUGAAGGGGGAACACAAUUUAAUGGGGCAACAGGAUUGAGAGAACACGGGAUCAUUUUGAUCAGAUUUGAUGUCUUUCAUUCUGUAGUGAACUUUGAGUAUGAUGACCUAAAUUAGUCUAAUUAAUCAAUUAAUGCAGUCAGUCAAACUGUUUUAUUCUUGCUUCUGUCUCCAGACAUUAUCUCUCCCUGUGGUUGUGAUAGUUCACGGUAGUCAAGACAACAACGCCACGGCAACGGUCCUGUGGGACAAUGCUUUUGCAGAGCCGGUGAGUUUAUUGGCCUUUACCGGAAGACACUUUGCAUACGCCUCUUUUGCACAUCUCUUAUCUGCCACUGUAGUUUACGUAAGAGUUGGAAAGGCUCAGAACAACUCCUGUGUAUACGUCAUUCUUAUCCCUUUUUCUCGCUUUCCCUGAUUUCACCCCUUUGCUUUCCCCCCUUGCUGUUCCAACUCUCUCUCCUUCUCCCGCUUCUCUCCCUCUCAUACACACACACUGCUUUCGUCUCCCUUGUUUAUUCUCUGUUCCCUUUCUCUCUCUUCCUCCUCCAUCCCCAAUCCCCCAGGGCAGGGUGCCAUUCAUAGUGCCUGACAAGGUGCUGUGGCCCCAGCUGUGUGAGGCCCUGGACAUGAAAUACAAGGCAGAGAUGCACAGUGCCCGCGGCCUCUCCGACGACAACCUGGUCUUCCUGGCCCAGAAGGCCUUCAGCAGCGGCAGCAUAAACCCAGACGACUACCGCAACAUGACCAUGUCCUGGGCCCAGUUCAACCGGGUACAACUGUUUGGUUUGACUUUUAUAUUGUUUUACCAGUGCACUGUCUAUUACUAACGACUACUUUUUACUGACUACCUCCACAACCUGACCAUGUCCUGGCCCCAGUUCAAACAAGUUCAACCGUUUCACCACUGACUACUACCGCAACAUGACCAUUAAACCACUGGAAUAGGGAUGUUGCCACAGACUUAAAGCUGUAAUCCAUGAUGAUGAAACAGCCACGCCAGUUUGCGAUAUUACAACAAAAAUGAUUUACUGCAAACAACGAACACAGUUUUUUCCCCUCUGACAUCAUUGCACACACGAUAUAAGAGCAGUAUGUAUUGUCUUUUUUUUAACCAUUCUCAACAACGCUCCUCAACACGGCAUCAUAAACAAUAACAGUGGUGGUGGGGCGGCCUGUGGCGCUGUUUCCCCAUACUGCGGAUUCCAUCUUUAAGACUAACAGCAAUACCUGUGUCAAAAUGUAUGCACUCACUAACUGUAAGUCGCUCUGGAUAAGAGCGUCUGCUAAAUGACUAAAAUGUAAAUGUAAAAUAGUAUUUGUAUUAUAAGAAAACCCAAUGGUAUUGUGAACCAGGUUUAAUUAUCUAUUCUAUCCACAGGAGAGCUUGCCUGGGAGGAACUUCACCUUCUGGCAGUGGUUUGAUGGAGUCAUGGAGCUCAUGAAGAAACACCUGAAGCCCCACUGGAAUGACGGGUGAGAGGAGUGCUUCAAUUCAGAGCAUUUCCAUUAGAGUGGCUGUGUGGCCGAAUUCUCUGGACGCCUCUUCCCUAUAGUUUAACAACCGUACCUUUUACACUUGUGCGGGAUUUUCUACUUUACACACAAGAAAAUGUACAGUGAGGGGAAAAAAGUAUUUGAUCCCCUGCUGAUUUUGUACGUUUGCCCACUGACAAAGAAAUGAUCAGUCUAUAAUUUUAAUGGUAGGUUUAUUUGAACAGUGAGAAACAGAAUAACAACAAAAAAAUCCAGAAAAACGCAUGUCACAAAUGUUAUAAAUUGAUUUGCAUUUGAAUGAGGGAAAUAAGUAUUUGACCCCCUCUCAAUCAGAAAGAUUUCUGGCUCCCAGGUGUCUUUUAUACAGGUAACGAGCUGAGAUUAGGAGCACACUCUUAAAGGGAGUGCUCCUAAUCUCAGCUUGUUACCUGUAUAAAAGACACCUGUCCACAGAAGCAAUCAAUCAAUCAGAUUCCAAACUCUCCACCAUGGCCAAGACCAAAGAGCUCUCCAAGGAUGUCAGGGACAAGAUUGUAGACCUACACAAGGCUGGAAUGGGCUACAAGACCAUCGCCAAGCAGCUUGGUGAGAAGGUGACAAAAGUUGGUGCGAUUAUUCGCAAAUGGAAGAAACACAAAAGACCUGUCAAUCUCCCUCGGCCUGGGGCUCCAUGCAAGAUCUCACCUCGUGGAGUUGCAAUGAUCAUGAGAACGGUGUGGAAUCAGCCCAGAACUACACGGGAGGAUCUUGUCAAUGAUCUCAAGGCAGCUGGGACCAUAGUCACCAAGAAAACAAUUGGUAACACACUACGCCGUGAAGUGUUUUUCUGCUAAGGGGACAGGACAACUUCACCGCAUCAAAGGGGCGAUGGACAGGGCCAUGUACUGUCAAAUCUUGGGUGAGAACCUCCUUCCCUCAGCCAGGGCAGUUAAAAUGGGUCGUGGAUGGGUAUUCCAGCAUGACAAUGACCCAAAACACACGGCCAAGGCAACAAAGGAGUGGCUCAAGAAGAAGCACAUUAAGGUCCUGGAGUGGCCUAGCCAGUCUCCAGACCUUAAUCCCAUAGAAAAUCUGUGGAGGGAGCUGAAGGUUCGAGUUGCCAAACGUCAGCCUCGAAACCUUAAUGACUUGGAGAAGAUCUGCAAAGAGGAGUGGGACAAAAUCCCUCCUGAGAUGUGUGCAAACCUGGUGGCCAACUACAAGAAACGUCUGACCUCUGUGAUUGCCAACAAGGGUUUUGCCACCAAGUACUAAGUAAUGUUUUGCAUAAGGGUCAAAUACUUAUUUCCCUCAUUAAAAUGCAAAUCAAUUUAUAACAUUUUUGACAUGCGUUUUCUGGAUUUUUGUUGUUGUUAUUCUGUCUCUCACUGUUCAAAUAAACCUACCAUUAAAAUUAUAGACUGAUCAUGUCUUUGUCAGUGGGCAAACGUACAAAAUCAGCAGGGGAUCAAAUACUUUUUUCCCUCACUGUACGUACCUGCUAUUCGCUCUGUCGCUUUCCCCUCCUUCCUGUUCUCACUCACCCCACACAUGAUCGGCCGUCUUUGUCUGGUGUACAAACUUUGACAAACUGUAACUAUAAACUGCCUUUCUCUGUUGUAAGCUGUCUAUAAUAAACAGCAAUCGGAUUUACAGCCCAUACACAUUGUAACAUCUGUGGGGCGGUUCGAUUCGCUCGCUCGCGCAGCCUCAGCCUUUCCAUUAACCCGAUUAUUAGACUGUAUUGUUGGUGUUGAUGAAAGGAAGGGGUUGGAUGAGCAGCCUUUUGACCAUAGUCUUAUUGUGAAACACAUCUUAAGAAUUGUGGAAUGAAAUAGCGCAACGUGUGUGUGUGCCUGUUGUUUUUUACAUAUUGUGUGUGUGUGUGUUUACACACCCGUUUGUGUGUGUGUGUGUGUGCGUGCACGUUAACUUUCAUACUGUGUGUGUGUGUGCAUGUACUGCGUACACUUAUGCGUGUAUGUUUACAUACUGCGUGUAUGUGAUAUGCAGGGCGAUCAUGGGCUUUGUGAACAAACAGCAGGCCCAGGACAUGCUGAUGUCCAAGCCCAACGGGACCUUCCUGCUCCGCUUCAGUGACUCUGAGAUCGGGGGCAUCACCAUCGCCUGGGUGGCAGAGAACCCCAACAAAGCAGGUACUGUACUAUACUACCCACCUAGGAGUAGGCAGAGUGUUUUCGGACCAAAACAUGAGCCCAUGCAUGGUUGUCCACAUCGUGAUCGAGUGUAGGUAAUUGAGCCAGGAAAAACAUUGUUGCCGAUAUUCAUUUGGUUGACAAACGGCUAACAUAAUGCAGAUAGAUAUGAUGUUAAUGUGUAACUUGAUGUAAAAAAAAUUAUCUGUGAAACUGUUGCCGCAAUAUGUGGAAAUAGCUCCACCAUUUCCUGGUUUCUAAAAUGUUCAACGGAUUCUUCGUUUUUUUAAACAAAAUAAGCAAUUUGUAGUACAGAGCUGCGGUUCCCGACCUAUUCAGUUCCGGAGACCACUAAAUCACCUUCAAAAGCUCUUGAGGAACCAAACAUGACAUUUAAGGAGUGGAAGCAUAGAAAUAUCACAUAGAAUAUAUCUACUGUUUUUUACACUUGCUUUCAAUGACAAUGGCAGAUCUAUAACUCACAUUUUUAUCUGUAAUAUGUCGGGUUGUACACAAAGCUACAUAAUGGACUUUUAAGAUGUUCUCUUGCUGUAGUCCAGGUCUCUCCCUCAAAAAAUGAUUGAUGUCAAUGAGCCUAAUCUGGCUAAAUAGAGGUUGACAUUUUAUUUUUCUCUGAUAUUGUUCUCAAGGGGAGAGGCUGGUGUGGAACCUCAUGCCGUACACAACCAAAGACUUUUCCAUCCGCUCACUAGCCGACCGCAUCAGUGACCUCAACCACCUCAUGUUCCUCUAUCCUGACCGGCCCAAGGACGAGGUCUUCUCCAAGUACUACACCCCUCCUCUCUGUACGUACCCUCAUCCUUCACCUUAACUUUAUUUUUGUUUCUUAAAUAAGUUGUUAAUCUCAAACUUGGCUCUGUUCUCAUUAUCUCUCAGCAAAAGCAGUGGAUGGCUACGUCAAACCGCAGAUCAAGCAGGUUGUGCCAGAGUACGUAUACUGUCAUGCAUAUAACAAUCUCUUACUAUUUCUAAACCCACACACUGAACUGAUAAUACCCAAUUCCAAAUCUGGCGCAAGCCUCUACCCUAUCCAAUGGCGAUUUCUAAUUUGGCAAUUGUGUAAAAAUUACUUUGGGUUUAUAAUAAAGACCACGCUCAUGAAGCAUUUCUAAGUUAUAUUCUUCAAUAAUCAAUGGGUAAAUACCCAACAUUUUAACAACCAUUAAACAACUUCCUAAAUCCCAGGCUGUAGCUUUAAUGUGAUUAUGCUUCCUGUCCUCCCUGUAGAUUCACUACUCCCAACCCUGAGCCGUCCAGUGGGAACCCCACCUACAUGGACCAGGCACCCUCCCCGUCAGUAGCUCACCCCAACAACUUUGCAAUUUUCCCUCCCAUGUAAGUACACUACAGAUGAGAAUGUAUCGAUGUACAGCAGUGAAUAGUCAUUAGAUUACAUAAAGUUCCUUCUAAGAUGCGCUUGUUUGUGGCUACCCAGCUCCCCCAGGACUGUCGCGCAGAAGAAAUACCAGCCCACACAGAGAUGCACGAGAUUACUCCGUUAGUUUACACUAUAUUUAUAUCAAUGUUUCCCUCUAUGGGACUUGUGAUCGAAUCAACAUAUCUUUGAAUGCAACAAACAAAACAAAUCUAACUUUGCAAGAUUGAUUCAGUAAUUAUGUUGUAGGUAGAGCGCAUCAGAGGAUAAUUCUGUCAGGUAGCCUACGAGCGUUAUUUUUCCACUAUCGCGAGUGGGUGCGCUUAUCAGAACAAAGUGCAUAGUCGCGUGUACACAAAUUUGCAAGUUAUUAGCCCAGAUAUACAGUACCAGUCAAAAGUUUGGACACACCUACUCAUUCAAGAGUUUUUCUUUAUUUUUACUAUUUUCUACAUUGUAGAAUAAUAGUGAAGACAUCAAAACAAUGAAAUAACACAUAUGGAAUCAUGUAGUAACCAAAAAAGUGUUAAACAAAUAUAUUUUAUAUUUCAGAUUCUUCAAAGUAGCCACCCUUUGCCUUGAUGACAGCUUUGCACACUCUUGGCAUUCUCUCAACCAGCUUCACCUGGAAUGCUUUUCCAACAGUCUUGAAGGAGUUCCCACAUAUGCUGAGCACUUGUUGGCUGCUUUUCCUUCACUCUGCGGUCCAACUCAUCCCAAACCAUCUCAAUUGGGUUGAGGUCGGGUAAUUGUGGAGGCCAGGUCAUCUGAUGCAGCACUCCAUCACUCUCCUCCUUGGUCAAAUAGCCCUUACACAGCCUGGAGGUGUGUUGGGUCAUUGUCCUGUUGAAAAAUAAAUGAUAGUCCCACUAAGCGCAAACCAGAUGGGAUGGCGUAUUGCUAAAGAAUGUUGUGAUAGCCAUGCUGGUUAAGUGUGCCUUGAAUUCUAAAUAAAUCACUGACAGUGUCACCAGCAAAGCACCCCCACACCAUCACAGCUCCUCCUCCAUGUUUCACGGUGGGAACCACACAUGCGGACAUCAUCCGUUCACUUACUCUGUGUCUCACAAAGACACGGCGGUUGGAAGCAAAAAUCAAUUUGGACUCCAGACCAAAGGACAGAUUUCCACCGGUCUAAUGUCCAUUGCUCGUGUUUCUUGGCCCAAGCAAGUCUCUUCUUAUUAUUGAUGUCUUUUAGUAGUGGUUUCUUUGCAGCAAUUCCACCAUGAAGGCCUGAUUCACACAGUCUCCUCUGAACAGUUGAUGUUACUUGAUCUCUGUGAAGCAUUUAUUUGGGCUGCAAUCUGAGGUGCAGUUAACUCUAAUGAACUUAUCCUCUGCAGCAGAGGUAACUGGGUCUUCCUUUCCUGUGGCGUUCCUCAUGAGAGCCAGUUUCAUCAUAGCGCUUGAUGGUUUUUGCGACUGCACUUGAAGAAACUUUCAAAGUUCUUGACAUUUUCCGGAUUGACUGACCUUUUAUCUUAAAGUAAUGAUGGACUGUCGUUUCUCUUUGCUUAUUUGACCUGUUCUUGCCAUAAUAUGGACUUGGUCUUUUACCAAAUAGGGCAAUCUUCUGUAUACCACCCCUACCUUGUCACAACACAACUGAUUGGCUCAAAAACAUUAAGAAGGAAAGAAAUUCCACAAAUUAACUUUUAAAAAGGCACAACUGUUAAUAUAAAUGAAUUCCAGGUGACUACCUCAUGAAGCUGGUUGAGAGAAUGCCAAGAGUGUUCAAAGCUGUCAAGGCAAAGGGUGGCUACUUUGAAGAAUCUCAAAUGUAAAAUAUAUUUUGAUUUGUUUAACACUUUUUGGGUUACUACAUGAUUCCAUAUGUGUUAUUUUAUAGUUUUGAUGUCUUCACUAUUAUUCUACAAUGUACGUCAAUCGACUCCAGGUCGAUUAGAGCCAUCUAAUAAUUGAAAAUAAGCACACACUGUGCUUGAGUUUGCGCCCAGGUCUGUGUGUGUGUUGGGACUGGGAGGAGGGGGUGUCAAAACUAUACACAAAAGAGAAGGGUCAAAAUCUCUCCUCCAAGAGGCGAACUCAGGACCUUUAGAUCCCAGGGCAGUGACGUUAACCGCUACGCUACAAACCCUGUCAUGAAUGCAUUAUCUUGAUACCAUUUAAAUGGAACGUCUGAUGUUGACAGGAAGCUUUCAUUGCACAGUGUUUUGUUCAUUCACUCUGUACUGAUUUAAACGUUUUUUUCCUAUGGCUUGGUUAAAUAAAAUACUUUUAAAACAGUUGAUGUGUUGAAAACGGUAACAUAGCUAACCAAGUUGGCAAGCACAGUGUUUUAUACAGUGCGUUCGGAAAGUAUUCAGACCCCUUCCCUUUUUCCACUUUGUAGUACGUCACAGCCUUAUUCUAAAAUGUAUUCAAUAAAAAAAAUCAUCAUCAGUCUACACACAAUACCCCAUAAUGACAAAGCAAAAACAGGUUUUUAAAAAUGUUUGCAAAUGUCUUACAAAUUAUAAACCGAUACCUUAUUUACAUAAGUAUUCAGACCCUUUGCUAUGAGACUCAAAAUGUAGCUCCGGUGCAUCCUGUUUCCAUUGAUCAUCCUUGAGAUGUUUCUAAAACUUGAUUUGGAGUCCACCUGUGGUAAAUUCAAUCGAUUGGACAUGAUUUGGAAAGGCACACACCUGUCUAUAUAAAGUCCCACAUUUGAAAGUGCAUGUCAGCGCAGAAACCAAGCCAUGCGGUCAAAGGAUUGUGUCGAGGCAGUAUUUGGUAGCAUUGCCUUUAAAUUGUUUAACUUGGGUCAAACGUUUCGGGUAGACUUCCACAAGCUUCCCACAAUAAGUUGGGUGAAUUUUGGCCCAUUCCUCCUGACAGAGCUGGUGUAACUGAGUCAGGUUUGUAGGCCUCCUUGCUCGCACACGCUUUUUCAGUCCUGCCCACACAUUUUCUAUAGGAUUGAGGUCAGUGCUUUGUGAUGGCCACUCCAAUACCUUGACUUUGUUGUCCUUAAGCCAUUUUGCCACAACUUUGGAAGUAUGCUUGGGGUCAUUGUCCAUUUGGAAGACCCAUUUGCGACCAAGCUUUAACUUCCUGACUGAUGCCUUGAGAUGUUGCUUCAAUAUAUCCACAUAAUUUUCUUCCCUCAUGAUGCCAUCUAUUUUGUGAAGUGCACCAGUCCCUCCUGCAGCAAAGCACCACCCCCGUGCUUCACGGUUGGGAUGGUGUUCUUCGGCUUGCAAGCAACCCCUUUUUUCCUCCAAACAUAACGAUGGUCGUUAUGGCUAAACAGUUCUAUUUUUGUUUCAUCAGACCAGAGGACAUACGAUCUUUGUCCCCAUGUGCAGUUGCAAACCGUAGUCUGGCUUUUUUAUGGUGGUUUUGGAGCAGUGGCUUCUUCCUUGCUGAGCGGCCUUUCAGGUUAUGUCGAUAUAGGACUCGUUUUACUGUAGAUAUAGAUACCUCUGUACCGGUUUCCUCCAGCAUCUUCACAAGGUCCUUUGCUGUUGUUCUGGGAUUGAUUUGCACUUUUCGCACCAAAAUACGUUAAUCUCUAGGAGACAGAACAUGUCUCCUUCCUGAGCGGUAUGACAGCUGCGAGGGCCCAUGGUUUUUAUACUUGCAUACUAUUGUUUGUACAGAUCAACGUGGUACCUUCAGGCGUUUGGAAAUUGCUCCCAAGGAUGAACCAGACUUGUGGAGGUCUACAAUUUAUUUUGUCUACAAUUUCUUUUCUGAUGUCUUGGCUGAUUUCUUUUGAUUUUCCCAUGAUGUCAAGCAAAGAGGCACUGAGUUUGAAGGUAGGCCUUGAAAUACAUCCACAGGUACGCCUCCAAUUGACUCAAAUGAUGUCAUUUGUAAGUGAAACAAUCUGUUUUCAUCAUUUUCAGGAAUUUUCCAAGCUGUUUAAAGGCACAGUCAACUUAGUGUAUGUAAACUUCUGACCCACUGGAAUUGUGAUACAGUGAAUUAUAAGUGAAAUAAACAAUUGUUGGAAAAAUUACUUGUUUCAUGCACAAAGUAGAUGUCUUAAAUGACUUGCCAAAACUAUAGUUUGUUAACAAGAAAUGUGUGGAGUGGUUGAAAGACUAGUUUUAAUGACUCCAAGCUAAGUGUAUGUAAACUUCUGACUUCAACUGUAUUUAUAUGUGUAUAUGUGUGUGUUCAAAACAUUAGAAACACCUGCUCUUUUCAUGACAUACAGUGGCUUGCGAAAGUAUUCACCCCCCUUUGCCAUUUUUUCUAUUUUGUUGCCUUAUAACCUGGAAUUAAAAUUGAUUUUUUGGGGGGGUUGUAUCAUUCAAUUUACACAACAUGCCUACCACUUUGAAGAUGCAAAAUAUGUUUUAUUGUGAAACAAACAAGAAAUAAGACAGAAAAACAGAACUUGAGCAUGUAUAACUAUUCACCCCCCCAAAGUCAAUACUUUGUAGAGCCACCUUUUGCAACAAUUACAGCUGCAAGUCUCUUGGGGUAUGUCUCUAUAAGCUUGGCACAUCUAGCCACUGGGAUUUUUGCCCAUUCUUCAAGGCAAAACUGCUCCAGCUCCUUCAAGUUGGAUGGGUUCCGCUGGUGUACAGCAAUCUUUAAGUCGUACCACAGAUUCUCAAUUGGAUUGAGGUCUGGGCUGUGACUAGGCCAUUCCAAGACAUUUAAAAGUUUCCACUUAAACCACUCGAGUGCUGCUUUAGCAGUAUUCUUAGGGUCAUUGUCCUGUUGGAAGGUGAACCUCCGUCCCAGUCUCAAAUCUCUGAAAGACUGAAACAGGUUUCCCUCAAGAAUUUCCCUGUAUUUAGCGCCAUCCAUUAUUCCUUCAAUUCUGACCAGUUUCCCAAUCCCUGCCGAUGGAAAAACAUCCCCACAGCAUGAUGCUGCCACCACCAUGCUUCACUGUGGGGAUGGUGUUCUCGGUGUGAUGAGAGGUGUUGGGUUUGUGCCAGACAUAGCGUUUUCCUUGAUGGCCAAAAAGCUCAUUUUUAGUCUCAUCUCACCAGAGUACCUUCUUCCAUAUGUUUGGGCUGUCUCCCACAUGCCUUUUGGCGAACACCAAACGUGUUUGCUUAUUUCUUUCUAUAAGCAAUUGCUUUUUUCUGGCCACUCUUCUGUAAAGCCCAGCUCUGUGGAGUGUACGGCUUAAAGUAGUCCUAUGGACAGAUACUCCAAUCUCUGCUGUGGAGCUUUGCAGCUCCUUCAGGGUUAUCUUUGGUCUCUUUGUUGCCUCUGAUUAAUGCCCUCCUUGCCUGGUCCGUGAAUUUUGGUGGGCGGCCCUCUCUUGGCAGGUUUGUUGUGGUGCCAUAUUCUUUCCAUUUUUUAAUAAUGGAUUUAAUGGUGCUCCGUGGGAUGUUCUAAGUUUCUGAUAUUUUUUAUAACCCAACCCUGAUCUGUACUUCUCCACAACUUUGUCCCUGACCUGUUUGGAGAGCUCCUUGGUCUUCAGGGUACUGCUUACUUGGUGGUGCCCCUUGCUUAGUGGUGUUGCAGGCUCUGGGGCCUUUCAGAACAGGUGUGUGUAUAUAUACUGAGGUCAUGUGACACUUAGUUUGCACACAGGUGGUCUUUAUUUAACUAAUUAUGUGACUUCUGAAGGUAAUUGGUUGCACCAGAUCUUAUUUAGGGGCUUCAUAGCAAAGGGAGUGAAUACAUAUGCACACACCACAUUUCCGUAAUUAAAAAAAUAAAAAAUAAAAAUUAAACAAGUUAUUUUUUUCACUUCACCGAUUUGGACUAUUUUGUGUAUGUCCAUUACAUGAAAUCCAAAUAAAAAUCCAUUUAAAUUAUAGGUUGUAAUGCAACAAAAUAGGAAAAACGCCAAGGGGGAUGAAUACUUUUGCAAGGCACUGUAGACUGACCAGGUGAAAGCUAUGAUCCCUUAUUGAUGUUACUUGUUAAAUCCACUCCAAUCAGUGUAGAUGAAGGGGAGGAGACAGGUUAAAGAAGGAUUUUUAAGCCUUGAGAGAAUUGAGACAUAUUGUAUGUGUGCCAUUCAGAGGGUGAAUGGGGAAGACAAAGAUUUAAGCGCCUUUGAACGGGGUAUGGUAGGUGCCAGGCACACCGGUUUGUCAAGAACUGAAACGCUUCUGGGUUUUUUACGCUCAACAGUUUCCCGUGUGUAUCAAGAAUAGUCCACCACCCAAAGGACAUCCAGCCAACUUGACACAACUGUGGAAGCACUGGAGUCAACAUGGGCCAUCAUCCCUGUGGACUGCUUUCGACACCUUGUAGAUUCCAUGCCCCGACAAAUUGAGGCUGUUCUGAGAGCAGAAGGGGGUGCAACUCAAUAUUGUAUACACAUACUGAGUGUACAAAACAUUAAGAACACCUUCCUAAUAUUGUGUUGCACCCCCUUUCAUAGCUUUCACCUGGUCAGUCUGUCAUGGAAAGAGCAGGUGUACUUAAUGUUUUGUACGCUCAUUGUACAUAUUUGUUUUACUGUAGGUAGCGUUCGUUAACGCUAGUCUGUUGUACCUGCGCCAGAACUAUUUUUCAUCCUAUAUAUUUUUCUCCAUCUUCUUUUUAAAUAGUGAGCUAACAUGUUUUCAGGACUUAUUUCCCUGACUGAUCAAAACUUGUUUUCUCAUGCUAUCUCUUGUCUCUCUGCAGCAUAUAGUGAGCAAUUUAUUUGGAACAUCAUAUCACAAUCGAAUCGCAAUACAUAUAGAAUCGUGAGAAUCGCAAUACAUAUUGUAUCGGCACCUGAGUAUCGUGAUAAAAUUGUGAGGUCCCUGGCGAUUCCCAGCCCUAUUAACUGCGUGGUUGCUACGCUAUCUCCACUUCACGCGAUUCCCGGGUCAUGCCUUCAGUGGUCUUGCUGUAGCUGGAUCCCACUGACACCCUUGUGAAUUUUGUGUGUGUGAGAGUAGCGUGCGCAAAUUCACAUAGACAGCAUAGUGUAUGCCAGCGUAAUUGUCAUGAAAAUCCAAUAUAAACGUUAUGUUCUCUCUUGAAAUCUGAAAAAGUCAGGUGGGAAUCAAACUCCCUACCCUUGGGUUUCAAGGCUAGCACACUACAAACUGUACCAGAAGCCCAGUCAUAAUGCUUGCUAAGUCACCGGUUUGCUAAUAUGGUCUUUUUCAGACUGACUGACGUGAUUUCUAGGGCUGGGAAUUGCCAGGGACUUCACAACAAAAUAUUAUCAUGGUACUUCGGUGCCGAUACGAUAUGUUUAGCGAUUCUAUAUGUACAGUUGAAGUCGGAGGUUUACAUACACUUAGGUUGGAGUCAUUAAAACUCGUUUUUCAACCACUCCACACAUUUCUUGUUAACAAACUAUAGUUUUGGCAAGUCGGUUAGGACAUCUACUUUGUGCAUGACACAAGUAAUUUUUCCAACAAUUGUUUACAGACAGAUUAUUUCACUUAUAUUUCACUGUUUCACAAUUCCAGUGGGUCAGAAGUUUACAUACACUAAGUUGACUGUGCCUUUAAACAGCUUGGACAUUUUCCAGAAAAUGAUGUCAUGGCUUUAGAAGCUUCUGAUAGGCUAAUUGACAUCAUUUGAGUCAAUUGGAGGUGUACCUGUGGAUGUAUUUCAAGGCCUACCUUCAAACUCAGUGCCUCUUUGCUUGACAUCAUGGGAAAAUCAAAAUAAAUCAGCCAAGACAUCAGAAAAAAAAUGUGUAGACAAGUCUGGUUCAUCCUUGGGAGCAAUUUCCAAACACCUGAGGUACCACGUUCAUCUGUACAAACAAUAGUACGCAAGUAUAAACACCAUAGGACCACGCAGCUGUUAUACCGCUCAGGAAGGAGACACGUUCUGUCUCCUAGAGAUGAACGUACUUUGGUGGGAAAAGUGCAAAUCAAUCCCAGAACAACAGCGAAGGACCUUGUGAAGAUGCUGGAGGAAACAGGUACAAAAGUAUCUAUAUCUACAGUAAAACCAGUCCUAUAUCGACAUAACCUGAAAGGCCGCUCAGCAAGGAAGAAGCCACUGCUCCAAAACCGCCAUAAAAAAGCCAGACCACAGUUUGCAACUGCACAUGGGGACAAAUAUCGUACUUUUUGGAGAAAUGUCCUCUGGUCUGAUAAAACAAAAAUAGAACUGUUUGGCCAUAAUGACCAUCGUUAUGUUUGGAGGAAAAAGGGGGUUCCUUGCAAGCCGAAGAACACCAUCCCAACCGUGAAGCACGGGGGUGACAGCAUCAUGCUGUGGUGGUACUUUGCUGCAGGAGGGACUGGUGCACUUCACAAAAUAGAUGGCAUCAUGAGGAAGGAAAAUUAUGUGGAUAUAUUGAAGCAACAUCUCAAGACAUCAGUCAGGAAGUUAAAGCUUGGUCGCAAAUGGGUCUUCCAGAUGGACAAUGACCCCAAACAUACUUCCAAAGUUGUGGCAAAAUGGCUUAAGGACAACAAAGUCAAGGUAUUGGAGUGGCCAUCACAAAGCCCUGACCUCAAUCCUAUAGAAAAUGUGUGGGCAGAACUGAAAAAGAUUGUGUGAGCAAGGAGCCCUACAAACCUGACUCAGUUACACCAGCUCUGUCAGGAGGAAUGGGCCAAAAUUCACCCAACUUAUUGUGGGAAGCUUGUGGAAGGCUAUCCGAAACGUUUGACCCAAGUUAAACAAUUUAAAGGCAAUGCUACCAAACACUAAUUGAGUGUAUGUAAACUUCUGACCCACUGGGAAUGUGAUGAAAUAAAUCAUUCUCUCUACUCAAUUUGUUCUCAACUGGCUUACCUGGUUAAAUAAAGGUGAAAUAAAUCAAUAAAAAUUAUUGACAUUUCACAUUCUUAAAAUAAAGUGGUGAUCCUAACUGACCUAAGACAGGGAAUUCUUACUAGGAUUAAAUGUCAGGAAUUGUGAAAAACUGAGUUUAAAUGUAUUUGGCUAAGGUGUAUGUAAACUUCCGACUUCAACUGUAACUCGAUUCUAUAUGUAUUGUGAUUCGAUACUGCAAUUUUUUUGAGUCGAUGUUCCAAACAUUGCUCACUAUGUCUGCUGCAGAGGGACAAGAGAGAGCCAUGAAAAAACAAGUUUUGAUCAGUCAUGGAGAUAACCUGUUGGCUCACCAUUUUUAAAAAGAAGAGGAGAACAAGCUAUAUGAUGAGAAAUACUGCCUGUGGCAAAUCGGUACUUGGAGUCACAGUAUCGAAAUAAAAUAGGAAAAAUAUAUAUAUUGCGGUACCAUACUACCCUCAUACAACUCUGGACUUCGAAGCCAGUUCCACUGCAUUUUUACAUUGGUUCUCUCUAUUCAGGGACUGAUUUAGAUGUGGGACACCCUGUGGGUGCAAUUAAUUAUCAGGUAGAACAGAACCAGCAGGCUUCGGAGCUCAAUGCCCCUGCGCUACUAUAGAUUCUUUCCCCCAUCACUAAUGAUUCCUUUUCUCUACAUGUCCGGCUUUUGGUACAGAUAUUCUAUCAGACAUUAUGCCUUACUGAUAGCGGUCUGUGUGUCUCCCUUCCCACCCCAGCAGAAGUGACCCCAUGAUGGACGCAGAUGGAGAGUUUGACCUGGAAGACACCAUGGAUGUGGCCCGACACGUGGAGGAGCUCCUGCGGCGGCCCAUGGCCAACCAGUGGGACGGCCAACAGUCC